AUGCUGGUAACUCCACGUAUUGUACUUUUUAAUAAAUCCCUGUUAUUUAACAAAAGAGUACUCAUCAAUUCUUCAAGAACAUAUUUAUUAGAUACAUCUUCAGGUGGUUUAAAUUCAUUUACGAAAAGAGAACAAGCUCAGGAAAACCAGUUUAUUCGUAAUUUAGAGAAAGAACAACUGGCACAUAUAAGGGAAGAAAUUAAAAGACACAAGGAAGAAUUGGCUUCUUUAGAAAAUAAGAUUAAUGAAAUAUCAAAAAGACACAAUAAAGAGGGCGAUGAAGCAAAAAAAAAAUAA